AUGCUUUCGAGCCGGCCUUCGACGCAUAGGAUGGCGGAGACUCGACCUGGUCUGGGUGGUGGACGUAAACGUUCGCGGACUGAGGUAGAACAUCAUCGCGACGAAUCUCCUUCACCUCUCGCAAACUCUAAGUACGUUUUGGCUGGUGGGAUGGACACACCUACAAUAAAGGCAGCUCGACUCGCAUCGUUCAGCGACCACGAAUAUGGCGAUAUGGCAUAUAGGAGAUCGCUUGGAAAUGGCGGAUCCAACCUGAAACCAUCAGCGAGUGACCUGUAUUCUGAAAUGGACGCCUCAGGAUACUUUCCAGCAGAUGGCUACGGCAGAGAUGCAAAUGGCAGAGGACGGGCCUGGCAAGGUCCGGGUGGAGAUGGAUGGAGUAGAGCGGCGAUUCAAGCGGUAGGUGGUGUUGUAGGGAAGGUUUGGGAAUUCUGCAAGAAUGGUGGUGCCGUAUUUCGAGGAUUCCAGGCAGGCGGUGGAAAAGGAUACGCGCUGGACCACAAAGAACCGACAUCCCCAUACCCUACCGAGCAUAGCAAAUAUUUGCAAGACGAGAAGAACGCAACUUGGGGUGGCAUAGACAGAGAAUCUACUCCUUUACCUGGAAGGUUUCCCGAAGAGGACUUUGUCGAAACUUAUUCAGACCUUUCUAGGCCACAGAUAGAUGUCCCGCCAGCGAAGCGACGCCAAGUCAGCCGUAACAAUACUCAAGAUGAGCUCACAAAGAACUGGGUGGUUGUUCAGCCUACAACGCCGACUAUCACCCCCUCGAAACCACGUUCUCGGCCUACGUCGAGGUUCAGUCAGCCGACAGCUUCAUCUGCAAGUCGACGCUCAACUACAACCGCUGCUCGACCUGCUUCACGUGCAGGUAGCACUUUGACGGCUCCACAGAGACCCAAAAUAUCUCGCGCCUCGACUGUCUCGCUCAUGGGCUCUCCAGCUCUCAUAUCCAACCACGGUGCAAGCUUCGCAAGUCCACGUGCAAGCCCAAAUAGCAAAAUACCUCGCCCGAGCCCUUCUAAGAGCUCUUCAGCAAAAAUUCCCGAGAGUUCAGCUUCUAAAGAAGCGAUAAGGUGGGCGGCUGUGAAGAGGAAAGAGGAAAGAGACGCAGAUGAGAGUAUCAGGAGGCUUGAUGCUCAAUUGAAGGCCAUGAUUCGUGAGGGCAAAGAAGCAUUAGGUACUAAAGUUGAGGUGGAGAUGGAAGAUGAUGUUGAUUUGAGUGACGGUGCCAGGAAAUGGGCUAUCUAA